AUGCUUUGCCUUGAUGAGGUAUACAUUGGCUAUCUUCCUAACCAUGAUGAAAAGUUUCUGACAUGUCUUUCUUCUGCCACACGUCUGUGCUCGUAUUUGUCCGAAUUAAUGGCUGCGUGUUGUGACGCCGUUAAGUUCUCUCGGCUCGUAGAUUUAGUCUUUCAAUCAGAAGUAGACUGGUUGGAACCACUUAUUUAUUUGCUUGAAAACUCUCCUAAGCUGAAAACUCUUACGCUCUCCACCGCGGGAUGUCCCUUAUCUUCCUGGAACCAGCCGAGUACUAUUCCCGGAUGCUUAUCGUCUCAUCUAGAGAUUGUUAGGUGGAAAGACUAUGAAGGCAAAGAAGAUGAGAAACAACUAAUGACAUACAUUCUCGCUAACUCACGAUGUUUAAAGACAGUGGAGGUCUCCCUCGUAGCAACCAGCGAUCUUGAAAAGUGCCAAAAGGAAUGUCAUAAAGUGGCUGAGAAGGCUGUUAACAAGGGUGUGGAAACGUUAGAUUUCAAGCUCCUCUGGGGAGGAGAGCCCACAAGCUUCCCAAACCCAAUGGCGAGACCAUCUUUCACUGAGAUUGCUGGCCGCUUACGAGUCAUGUCAUCAGCAGCAACUUCGACUCAAUCCAAGCCACCAGCUCACCUCACAGGGAAAUCCUACAAUCGCUAA